AUGUUUAGGUGGCACAUAAACCAUGACCUUGAUCUUCUUAGAGAAGUGCUGGCAUUAAGACCUAGUAAUCCCAAUGACUGGAACCUAAUUGCUGACAAUCUUCAAAGAGCAUGGGCAAAAGACGAGAUCACAGUCAAAGGCCGCUCAUGUAAAGAGCACUUUGAUGUUCUUCUUCGCCAUCACAAAGAUGAGAACACUGCAGCCUUAAAAAAGUAUUUCAUAAAUUCUUUUUUAGUUUUUACCAAACUUUGCAGCCAUUAAAUAAUGAGCAAAUAGGGUCAUAUUGUUAAAUUGUCAGGUCAGGCACUGAGGAGCAGUAUAAUGAAAUUCAUCAACUUUUAGAUGAUAUCAGGGCUUAUGUUGAUGACUUACAGCAGCAGAGCAAGAAAGGCAAGAAAAAAGAUGAAGAGGAUAAAAAGAAAGCAAGUGAAUUCAGGGAUAAGGCUAUGGAAACACUGAAGAGAAGUAAGUUAUUACUCACUUAAGACUUAAAUUUUGAAAUAGAGGAAUUCUAAAAAUAACCAUCCCUGUUCUUUUCUUUUUCUUUUUCAGAAUCAAGAACUUCAGGCAGUGACAAUUCAGAUGAUGAGGGAGCAGUUGGCCCCAGUGCCAGUAAGUAUAACUGGUUGUGCAUGCGCCUACUUCUUUACUUGUGAAUAAAAGUUUUAUCAUCAGGAAAUGUUCAGUAGAUGUAUAUUUUUCUCAUUCAAGAGCCUGGGUGCCUGGCCCAUUGUCUUUUAUUUUCUAAAGAAUUACCAGCUAGAAUGUUAGUACUCUUUAAAUGUUUGGGUAAAACUGGCCAAACCACCCCCUCCCACUGAAAAAGUAAAUAUGAAAAUGCCAUAUGGCAAACUUCUUGUUCAUCACGGUUUAUUUUUGGGGUGUGUGGUUUAAUGACCUUCUUUUUUUGGGGGGGGUCAUUCUCAUCUCUGGUUUCUUUGUAUGUCAAGUCCCUCUAUGUUAGGUGCACUGUGGAAUAUCUCAAGUAUCAAGCUGUUAGCAAAAUGUCAUUUAUUUUGUAGUUUCAAAAUGCCUUCAGUUUUACCCUUGGUAUUUCCUGUGAGAAUAAUAAUUCACACACAAUAUGCAAUUACCUUUUAAUAAUUAAUAAUUUAAUAAUUAUUAUUUUACUAGGAAAGCCAAAAAAAAGAAAGCAACCAAGUCGACCAGAUGUGAUGUCAUACCUGUCAGAAAAGGAGUUAGAAAAAGAACUGAGAUCCCAGGAGCUAGAAUACAAAAGAGAUGCACUUGAGGCUGAAACUAAACUUAGGCAAGAGCAAUUAGAAGUUGAGAAGAGACGCAUUUCCCUGUAG